GCCGCCGCCCCGCGCCGCCGCCUUCGCCGCCGCCGCGCUCGCUGGCUGGUCCAGUGCGGGCGCCCGGCUCCUGCCGCAGGCGAGGACCAUCGGCGCCACCAGCACUUUGAGCCGGGCCUGGGUCCCAGCUCCGCUCCGGGCCCCGGCCCCCAGCCUGGCCGGGCAAUGAAGUGUCACUACGAGGUGCUGGGGGUGCGGCGCGAUGCCAGCGAGGAGGAGCUCAGGAAGGCCUAUCGGAAGCUGGCCCUGAAAUGGCACCCGGAUAAAAAUCUGGACAAUGCUGUGGAAGCAGCUGAACAAUUUAAAUUAAUCCAAGCAGCGUACGAUGUGUUGAGUGACCCCCAGGAACGAGCAUGGUACGAUAACCACAGGGAGGCCCUGCUCAGAGGUGGGCCUGAUGGCGAAUACCAAGACGAGAGCCUAGAUUUGCUUCACUAUUUCACCGUUACCUGUUACUCUGGAUAUGGGGAUGAUCCGAAGGGCUUUUACACGGUGUAUCGUAACGUUUUCGAGACGAUCGCAAAGGAAGAACUGGAGUCGGCGCUGGAAGAGGACGCGGAGGAUUUCCCGGCCUUCGGAGACUCUCAGAGCGACUACGACACGGUAGUCCACCCUUUCUACGCGUACUGGCAGAGCUUCUGCACGCAGAAGAGCUUUGCCUGGAAAGAGGAGUACGACACCCGGCAAGCCUCCAACCGCUGGGAGAAGCGCGCCAUGGAGAAGGAGAACAAAAAGACGCGCGACAAAGCCAGGAAGGAGCAGAACGAGCUCGUGCGGCAGCUGGUGGCCUUCGUGCGCAAACGAGACAAGAGGGUGCAGGCUCACCGGAAGCUGGUGGAGGAGCAGAACGCGGAGAAGGCGAGGAAGGCGGAGGAGAUGAGGCGGCGGCAGCAGCUGAAGCAAGCCAAGCUGGCGGAGCAGUACAAGGAGCAGAGCUGGAUGACGGUGGCCGACCUGGAGAAGGAGCUGCGGGCGAUGGAGGCGCAGUACGAGAAGGAGUUCGGAGACGGCUCCGAUGAGGACGAAGCGGAGGAGUGCGAGCUCAAAGACGGACAGGAUGGCAGAGACAGCGACGAGGCCGAGGACGCCGAGCUCUGUGAAGAGCUGUACUGCCCCGCCUGUGACAAGUCUUUCAAGACGGAAAAGGCCAUGCGGAAUCACGAGAAGUCCAAGAAGCACCGGGAGAUGGUUGCCUUGUUAAAACAACAGUUGGAGAAGGAGGAAGAGCAUUUUUCAGGACCUCAGAUGGAUGAAAACCUGUUGAAUGCCAAUUCUGAGGAAGAAAUGGAGGAUGCACCAAAGCAAAAGCUUUCUAAAAAACAGAAGAAAAAGAAACAGAAACCAGCACAGGAUUGCGAUGUUAAUUUCAAUGAAAAUGAAACUGGAAAAGGGCUAAAAGUUGAGCCAGAAGAUACCAGUUUAAAUCAAGAAAGUGCCAAAGAAUUAGAAGAUAGUCCGGUAGAAAACGUCAGUGUCACCGAGACUGUUGAACUGUGUGAUGACCCCCAAAACAAAGCAAAAAGUGUUCCUAAACCCAGAGGAAAGAAAGCCAAAGAUACGAAAAAACCUGUCAAAGUGCCUGCCGAACCACAGACAGCGAGCGACGUUCUUUUGAGCUGCACAACCUGCCAUUGUGAGUUCCCUUCCCGGAAUAAGCUCUUCGAGCACCUGAAGGCCACCGGUCACGCAAGAGCACCUUCGUCGGCACCUUUGAACGGGGUCACCAGUGGGCGGAGCAAGAAGGAGAAACGGAGAAACAGAUAGAGGCUCUGCCGGCCCUGUUCUUCCCACUUGUCUCUAGACUUGGAAACCAAAACUGAACUGACGUCAUCUAAGAGUUAAAAUUCCAGUGAUCUGCAGCUUAUUGCGUUGUAGAGAAUUAUUUUUAUCUUGUGAAAACAUUUUCUGUUUAAUAUAUAUAUUUUUAAACAUUUCAUUAGUGAUGGAAUUUUACUUCUGCCUCCGGAACCGACUUGAAUGUCUCAGAGCAGGUGCCUGUUGUGAAGUGCCCAUUCUCGACUCUGUCGUCUCGCGUGGACAGCAGUGUACAGGGAGAAUUAAAUUAUUUUGAACAUACAAAUGCCCCUUUAUUUUUUAUACUGUGGAUUUCCCAUGAAGUAUCUUUAUGUGAUUCGGUGCUUUUUUCAGUGACUCCAGAUCAUUUUAAAAUCGUCACAGGUUUUUUUCCCACCUGAUACCCUGACUCCAGUAACCCUCUGAGUAACCUGCUGUUGAUUACUGUGUCUUUUCCCCUCAAGGACAAUGAAAGGUAGACACGAAUUGAACAUAUGUGGUUGUGUUUCAAGAAUAAUGUCUCUCCAGGAUAUCAUUAUGUUCAUUUAAUUUGAAAGUUUCCUGGUAAUUAUCAACAAGAUGCAUCUUGGUUUUCCGCUUUGAUUGGAGUCGGGGAGGUGGAAGCAAAUCCGUUUGUCUGGCGCGUCCU